GAAACGCGCCUUCAACCGACUCUGAUCAUCACUGAUGAAUCUAAACAUCAUGAACAAUAGUCACCGGAUCAUUUAUCAUCAUUAAGAAACACCAACAAAGGUUUUAAACAGGACACUGAAGUGGAGACGAUGACUUCUGGGAGCCCACUGGAGAUGCGCGGGCUCCCGCGAAGUACAUGCGAUUCUCAUGCAGGCAGAACUCGGCAGAACACCGGAAGUAACCCGGAAGCAGAGGAACCCUAUUGCAUUGUGUGUGGAUGUAGAGCCAUAGACGGUUUGUAUAGUGCGCUCACAUAUUCACAUAUAAUCUGGUUUGCCAACCGCCAAUAAAUCAGCAGAAGACGAAGAGGAGCUCAGACACUGUCUCAAUGUUUACUAUCAGACAAUGGCUUCAAGCGACUAAGAUGGAGAGUAAAUAGCAGCGGGUUGUGUCAAAGCCGCCGCACCCUCAGGUUUGUUUGUUUCUUGUCUUGGAACGGGAGACAUGCGCUGGCGUGUUGUUUUACAAUUGGCCGCCAUCACCCUGUGUAUCAUCCAAUAUUAAGCACAUCUCGCCGGCCAGUCUGCUCGACUCCUCACAGACCGAUCCUCCCGCACUCAGAGUAUUGUCCAUUAUGUGUCACCUGCAGCUGAGGACUCUGGUCUUUGCAGCCUGGGUGCUGGGCUACGUCGUCUUCCUGCUCUCCAUCCGGAGGAUGUGGACGGGGAAGUACGUCCGCAGUCCGCUCGUCCGCUCGUUGUUUUCCAACAUGGUGAGCGAGGGCGACGCGGCAGCCGCGGACACUGAAGAGUGGUACCGGUGCUGUCCUGACCUCCUCGGAGAAUCUCUGAGGCCCCUGUUCGUUCAGAGCCACCUGGACUCGGACACCAGGGCUUUUCUGAAGCAGAGUGUGGAGAAGUCUGGCUGGAUGUUCACCCAGCUCUACCAUUCCUUUGUAUCGACGGUCCUCAGCCCUCUGGUCUCACGCACCUCCAUCAAUGGGUAUCUGGGCCGUGGCUCCAUGUUUGUGUUUUCCGCGUCGCAGCUCCAGCAGAUACUCCGGAUUGAGCCGGAGUGGAGGGCACAGAGGCUCCUGGACCUCGGAGCUGGGGAUGGAGGCGUCACAGAGGUGAUGGGGGCCCAUUUCAACGAGGUCUAUGCAACUGAGGUGUCGCCACCAAUGAGAUGGCAUCUUCAGAGGAGGAAUUACAAAGUGCUGGAUAUAGACGAGUGGCAGCAGACUGGUUUCCACUAUGACGUCAUCAGCUGUUUGAACCUUCUGGACCGUUGCAACGACCCUAUGUUUCUCCUGCGGGAGAUCAAGCGAUCGCUCGUUCCCAACACGGGGAGACUCAUCCUGGCCGCGGUGCUUCCCUUCCAGCCCUAUGUGGAAGUCGGAGGACAAUGGCAGCGUCCCACAGAACACCUUAAAAUAAAAGGAAAGACAUGGGAGGAGCAAGUGACCAGCAUGUCGGAUGAGGUGUUCAGUAGGGCGGGGUUUGAGGUGGAGGCGGUGACCCGGUUGCCAUACCUAUGUGAAGGGGACAUGUACAACGAUUACUACAUGCUUGAUGAUGCAGUUUUUGUUCUCAAGGCCUCAGAGACGAGCGAAGAGGCUGCUCAGUGAAAAGCAAAUCCGCUGCGCAGCCAAGGCUCUUAACUUCAUCUUGGAUGGGUUUUAGUGCAAUUUUCAUAAGCUUCAUUCGUACAACACGGUAUUUCUGACUUGCUCAAACGGUGUGGGUCAGAUGUGAAGCUCAGGUUCUGUAAUUCCUACGUUUACCAGCCAUCUUGUGUGACAGUGAUACCUCUACCUUUUAAGCAAAAAAAACAAAA